AUGUCACUUGCCAACUCAUUUAGUGAUUUCUUCACUCAGAAAAUUGUUAAAAUACGAGGUGAUAUCGAAGAUGAACUCUUGAGUAAAAACAUAGAAAAUCCUAUACCUGAUGCUGAUUCAUGUCCUUAUGAAUUUCACACCUUCAGGGAGGUUGGAAAAGACGAAGUGCUCCAUUUAAUCCAACGUAUCGCAACUAAAUCCUGUUCUCUGGAUCCACUCCCGGUGGUCAUGCUAAAUCACUGUUUUAAAGACAUCUUACCCGUUGUAGUUAGAAUAAUCAACCUCUCCUUGGAAAGUGGUACAAUGCCUGACUCUUUGAAGAUUGCUGUUGUUCAACCGCUAUUAAAAAAGUACAAUCUUUCCUAUGAACAAUUCUGCAGUUUUCGUCCAAUAUCAAAUCUGAAAUUUGUCUCGAAAUCUAUUGAGAAAGCAGUUGCUGUACAAUUAACUGAUUAUCUUACUGAAAAUCAUCUACAUGAGAAAUUCCAGUCUGCUUAUAAACCUUGUCAUAGUACUGAAACAGCGCUAUUGAGGGUUCAAAAUGAUAUCCUUCAAGCUCUAGAUAACGGUGAUUCUGUUAUUCUUGUCCUACUGGAUCUGUCGGCGGCUUUUGACACCGUGGAUCAUUUAAUGUUAUUAACAAGACUAUCGAAACGCUUUGGCAUAAGGGGUCGUGUGUUGGAUUGGCUUACCUCAUACCUUACAUCCAGGAAACUGUUUAUUCGUGUUGAGGGAACUGAUUCGUUAUUGAGUGAUCUUGAUUGUGGUGUACCUCAGGGAUCUGUGUUGGGUCCUCUGUUGCAUUCACUCUAUACUGCCCCUCUCGCGGAUGUGGCUAGGCGCCACAAUCUGCGCUUUCACUUUUUUUCUGAUGAUGCGCAACUUUACAUUGCAUUCAAAACGAAUGAUCGUGAUGAUUUAAUAUCAUCUAAGAUCCGUAUGGAGAAAUGUAUACUUGAAUUGGGAAACUGGUUGA